AUACUCUGUGUAAUUGUGAAGAUUGUGAACAAAGCAGAGCAAGCAGACGAAAGAAGAAUUGCGUGUAACAUACUGAAGUGUUUUGAUACAAUAAUGACAGAAACUCAGGAAGCAAUGUUAUCAGAAAAUAUAACAUUCAAGAAGAAGAAAACAAAACAGCUUAGAAAACGAACCGACUCUUCCGAGGAAAGUAAUCAUAGUGAAGAAGAAGAUAAUGACGUCAGACUAAAAUUGGAGGAAAUGAAAACCCUACAGAAACUCAGGAAGAGGCAGAAUGGAGUUAGCAUUGUCACUUUGGCACUUGGAAAGAAGGUCGUAACAGAGGAUGAAGCACUGGUGACUGAUCCGUUUAAGCUAAAAACUGGAGGGAUGGUGCAUAUGAAGACACUUAAGAGUGGCAAAGUGAAACGAAUAGAUGAUGCAUAUGAUACGGGAAUUGGGACGCAGUUUUCUGCCGAAACCAAUAAGAGGGAUGAAGAUGAAGAAAUGAUGAAGUACAUAGAAGAACAGCUGUCAAAACGGAAGGGCAAAGUAAAGGCAGAAGGCCAAGUGUCUGCAAGUGAAGAUUCCAAGUACUGUUCUCCAGAAGAGGCGGCUCUGCAAGCAGUACCUGACUAUUUGCGUGCUUCUUCCACGCACCGCUCAGAGGAGAUGCUGUCCAAUCAGAUGCUAAGUGGGAUUCCAGAAGUAGAUCUGGGCAUAGAUGCCAAGAUACGUAACAUAGAAGCUACUGAAGAGGCGAAAUUGAAACUAUUGUGGGAGCGUCACAGUAAGAAAGAUGGCCCCUCACAGUUUGUGCCCACCAACAUGGCUGUCAACUUUGUACAGCAUAACAGAUUUAACAUUGAAGACCCAGAACCACCCAGAAAACGAGAAAGACAAAUGGAAGAAAAGACAAAAAUGGUUGUUGUUGGAUCAACACCAGAAGAUAAAGUGAAGAGAUCAACAGGGAAUGGGGAGAAAGCUACAGAUGAUUAUCACUAUGAAAGGUUUAAGAAACAAUUCCGACGGUACUGACUGUUUCAGAAGCCUUGUGUGACAUGUUCAGUACAUAAUCCAUGCCAUUUGUUUUUGUCCUUGUAUAAAUUAAUGUCUAUGUUAAUAAAGGAAGAAACUGUAAGAAA